AUGGGGGGCGGCCGGCGCCUGUCGUUUCGCAACGGCGGCGCCCGCUAUUCCCGCCUGCCCAACCACUUGGCCGCCAACGGCCACUGCGCGACAAAUGGCGGCGGCGCCGCGGCCUGCGACAAGCCCGCCGGCGCGCUGCGCGCGUGGGCCGCGCGCGUGCCGCCGGGGCGCUGGCUGUGCGGCGCGGCGGUGGCGCUGCCGUGGCUCGUGCUGCUGCUUGUUGGGUGCAUGUUCCUCGGGCGGGCCCAGCGGCAGCUUCCGGUGCCAAGGGCCGAUUUACCCGGCGCCAAGCAGUGCGUCGGGUGGCGAGAGACGUACUUCUGCCACCCCUUUGCGUGA